AAGUCUUGCGUAUCGCUUUCCUCCGCGGAAACAAACACUAGACGGGACGUCGCGCCACUGCCACCGCCACUCCCCGGCGCCGCCGGCUGGAGCGCCGCCGUCCGAUGCCCCCGCCGAGGACCACCUUCACCGCGCCUCACCACCAAGUCAUCCGCCUCCUCGACUCCCACGACCUCCCCGCCGCGGCGCGCCUGGCGGCCGCGCACCCCUCGUCCCCCGUCUCCCUCGCCGCCGUCCUGCUCCGCCACCCGCCGCCCCGCCUCGGAUACUGCCUCCACGCCCGCGCCGCGCGCGCGGGUGUCCUCGCCGACCGCUACGUCGCCAACGCCCUCCUCGCCUUCUACCUCCGCCUGCCACGCCACCUCCCGCACGCGCUCAGGGCGUUCGACGACCUGCCUCGCCGCGACGUCGUCGCGCACUCCUCCAUCCUCGCCGCGUUCCUGCGCGCGGGGCUUCCCCGCCGCGCGCUCCACUCCCUCAGGUCCAUGGUCGCCGGCGCGGACGGCGUCUCGCCCAGCGCCCACGCGCUCUCGGCCGCCGUCAAGGCCUGCGCCAUGCUCCGCGACCGCAACGCGGGCGCCUGCGUCCACGGGAGCAUCCUUGUCCGGGGAUUCGACGACGACGACAUCGUGCUGAGCGCGCUAGUGGACAUGUACGGCCACGCGGGCUCACCAGGAGACGCCCGGAAGGCGUUCGAGGAAAUGCGCGCCCCCGAUGGGAUAUGCUACACCUCAUUGAUAUCAGCCUUCGUGCGGAACGACUGGUUCGAGGAGGCCAUGAGGUGGUUCCGGACUAUGGUCAUGACGCGUGGGGUCGAGCCGGAUGGCUGCACGUUUGGUUCGAUGAUGACGGCGCUGGGGAACCUGAGGAGAAUCAGUCAAGGCCGCGAGGCGCAUGCCCAGGUACUGACCCGUGGCCUGUGUGGUAAUAAUGUGAUCGUGGAGAGCAGCACGCUGGACAUGUACGCCAAGUGCGGGAUGAUGCUGGAGGCGCGCAAGGUGUUUGACAGGAUGCAGGUCAGGAAUGCGGUUUCAUGGUGUGCGUUGCUCGGUGGGUACUGCCAGAACGCGGAGUACGAGAAGGUUCUCGCGCUAUUUCGGCAGAUGGAUAAGGAAUACGAUGACUUAUACAGUUUGGGGACUGUUUUGAGGGCAUGUGCUGGUCUAUCUUCUGUGAAGCCGGGAAAAGAGAUCCAUUGCCGGUUUCUGAGGAACGGUGGCUGGAGAGACGUGGUUGUUGAGUCCGCGCUUGUAGACCUAUAUGCAAAAUGUGGCGCUCUAGACUACGCUUACAGAAUUUUCGAGGCGAGCAGUGUCCGUAAUACGAUUACUUGGAAUGCCAUGAUUUGCGGCUUCGCUCAGAAUGGCCACGCCGAGGGGGCUAUCAAUCUGUUCAAUCGGAUGGUCAGGGAAGGAGCCAGGCCUGACUACAUCAGUUUCAUUGGUGUUCUUUUUGCAUGUAGUCAUACUGGAAUGGUUGAGGAGGGACGGAACUACUUCAACUCUAUGAGCAAGGACUAUGGCAUUGCCGCUGGAAUCGAACACUACAAUUGCAUUGUUGAUCUUCUCAGCAGAGUACAACUGCUGGAAGAGGCUGAAGAUCUGAUAAAUAAGUCACCCUUCAGAGAUGAUUCCUCCUUGUGGGCAGCAAUCCUUGGCGCUUCUGCCACACAUUCUAACCCAGAUGUAGCAGAAAGGGUUGCCAAGAAAAUGAUGGAGCUAGAGCCUCACUACCACUUGAGCUACGUUCUUCUUGAAAAUGUGUACAGAACAGUUGGACGGUGGGAAGAUGCUUCGGAGAUAAGGAAGUUGAUGCAAUCAAGAAAGGUGAAAAAGGAACCCGGGACGAGCUGGAUUGAUGUAAACAGAAGUAAAUUACAUGUAUGGAAUGCUAAAGGUGCACCUUCAGAACUUGUUGCCUCUGAGGACAUCAUCACAGAUGGCAGAAGCCCAUAACAUUGUUAUGUGUUUCUUCUGGUUUGUUGGCGAUGAUGUCCUCUGAUUGGUGCUCAUGAGUCAUUCUGAGCCAGAUUUUGGGAUGAAUUUAAGCAGUGUUCCCAAAAGGCUCUACUUGCAGGGGUGAAAAUUGACACCAGGUGGCAUCUUACAAACUCCAGCCUGUAAAUUGAUUGAAAUCGUGAAUAAUUUGCUCAGCGAAUAUAGUCUUGUGUGCUUGGCGGCAUAUAGUUUUUAUGGGUGCAGUGCCAGAGACUUGUUAGAAAGGCCAGGCUUGGAUGUAUGGGUUGGCCUCAGCCAAGCAUGAACACAAAAGUGGAACUGUCAGGCAAGCUGUCCACAUAGAACAUGAUCUAUGCUAGGAGAGAGAACUCUUACCCUGCGGCCAGUCGCAACUGAUGUAACAGAAAUAUUGAAUAAGUGGAGCUUAUUGUUGGUGCUACGUGCUGGAUUCAACCAAAACCAUGGUAAAAUUCAGCUGCUCUCACCUUAAAGAUGAAGCCAAACUGACGAUAACUCCCCGCCCAUCCAGUGCCUAAAAUUUCUGAACAGAUCAAGAAAGUUCCACUGUUGGUAUAUUUCAACCUGAGUCUGCUGAUUUGGACUUGUGCCUCAAUUGGGCCGAGUUGACUAUGGCAAGCCGAGACCGGUGCUGCAGUUUUCAGGCCAUGGGCACAGGACAGUGAAGUUGAGACUUCAGAGUUGAGAGCUCUGUCCUGAGCUUAAUUUCUCCAUCUUCCGGGCUCUCUAGCGCUCUCAGCUCUGCAGAGCUUGACCUGAUCACAUCAAUCGUGUAUAUGACAGAGGACGAUGCUCUAUGCUAGGAGAGAGAACUCUUACCCUGUGUCGCCCUUAUUGGAAUCAGCCUGGGUGCUGGAUCCAGCCAGAAGCAUGGUAAAAUUUCAGCUUCUCUCGCCUUUCGGAUGAAGCCGAAACCGAUGAGAACUCCUCGCACAUCCAGUUCCUACAAUUCCAUAACAGAUCAAGAAAGUUCCAGCGUUAGUACAUUUCAACGUGAGGAUGUGCCGAUUUGGACUUGUGCCUCAACUGGCUCCAGUUGAUUCUGGGAAACGGAGACCGAUGCUGCAGUAUUCCUGCCAUAGGCACAGGAAACCUGAUCUAUGAGUGGGUUGCUCCAUUUCAUCAGCCACCAGCUGGUGCUACAUGCUGGGUUCAGCCAGAAGCAUGGUAAAAUUUCAGCUGCUCUCACCUUAAAGAUGAAGCCAAACCAACAGAGAACUCCCCGCCCAUCCAGUGCCUAUAAUUUCUGAACAGAUCAAGAAAGUUCCACCAUCAGUACAUUUCGAACCGAGUCUGCCGAUGGACUUGCCUCAGCUAGGUCGAGUUGACCCUAGGAAGCGGAGACUGGUGCUGCAAUGUUCAGGCCAUGGGCACAGAACAGUAGAGUUGGGACGUCAGAGUUGAGAGCUUGGUCGUGAGCUUAAUUUUUUCCAUCUUCCAGGCUCUCUAGCACUUUGAGCUCUGCGGAGCUUGACCUGAUUGCAUCACUCGUGUAUAUGACAGAUAGGAGGACGAUGCUCUAUGCUAGGAGAGAGAACUCUUACGCUGCGUCACCUGUGCCAAUCGCGACUGGUGUAGCACAAACAUUGAAUAAGUGGGGCUAUUGGUAAGUACUAAUAUGAUGAUUUGAUGACCCUACCUCAUUUGCAUAAUUAAAUCCUCUGUAGUAUGCAUGUACUUUUCUGUAGAUGGAAUAAGUCAGAUGUACUAGAAGGGACAACUAAGAGACAUACAUGGCCCAAUGCUUCAUCUUAGGUUUAGUCCAGGCCUCCAGCUGUUAGACGUGCACUCCUAGUUUCUCAACUUGGGUGCUUGAUCCAGCCAGAAGAAUGGUAAAAUUUUAGCUUCUCUCGCCUUUCGGAUGAAGCCAAACGCGAUGAGAACUCCCCGCGCAGGCGCAUCCAGUGCCUACAGUUUCCAACAGAUCAAGAAUUUUCUACCGUCUGUGCAUCUCGACCUGAGGCUGUGCCGAUUUGGACUUGUGCAUCAACUGUCUCGAAUUGACUCUGGGAAACGGAGACCGAUGCUACAGUGUUCAUGCCAUGGGCACAGGAGAGUGGAGUUGAGACUCCAGAGUUAUGAGAGUCUGGUCCUGGGCUGGGCUAUGAGAUACUGUCGGCAGGCAGGUACAGACUGCAGAACCUAGUGAGAUCUGCAGCAUGAUGGAGUUGAGAUUUCAGCUCAGCUGAGAGUGAGCUAGAGUGACUGACAGCGAGGAAUAUACCUGCCCGUGGUAGCAAGCAAAGGCCAAGAUUAGGUUGGAUGAGGCGAGCAUGCCAUGUGCCGAUCCAGUUAAAAAGUGUGCACGUCUAGAGCCUUUAUUUCCGGACCCAUCCGACAUUCUUUCCUGGUAAUUUCCUUCUCAGAACGCUAAGCUCACUCGCGGCUGCAACCCCCUGCCGACAGAUUUGUGCACCUGAACCGUGUACGAGCACCACUGGUGCAGAAGUCGACAGAGGUGGUUCGACUGUCUGUUCUGUACUUCCCUGAUCAUAAAUCGACUGAUAGUGGCAGUCAGUCAAUGUGAACGGAUGUGAUGGAUGAUUAUCUAGUUACUGGUUUAACAUC